ACAUGGCCGGCCCAAAAAUUCCAGUUUACUGUUUUUCUUGUCGGUCACGUCCCUGCGCAAGAACCUCAGCUCAGCGAGAAGAGAGAGCAACAAUGGCGGAAGAGAAGGUGAUUAACAAGCAGGUGUUGCUCAAGGACUAUGUCACUGGUUUUCCCAAGGAGGAGGACAUGGUCCUCACUUCAUCCACCAUCGAUCUGAAGCUCUCUCAAGGAUCCACGGCCGUGCUGGUCAAGAAUCUAUACCUCUCCUGCGAUCCCUAUAUGCGCCUUCGCAUGGCCAAGCCCCUUGUUCAGAGCUACGCUGAAGCCUUUGUUCCCGGAAAGGUCAUUGUUGGUUAUGGUGUGUCUAAAGUUGUGGAUUCUGGUCAUCCGGACUUUAAGGCAGGGGACCUGGUUUGGGGAAUAACUGGUUGGGAAGAGUAUAGUCUGAUCACAGCACCUGAACGACUAAAGAAGAUCAAAUAUACUGAUGUACCGCUUUCAUAUUACACGGGAAUUUUAGGGAUGCCAGGGCUUACUGCAUAUGUUGGAUUUUAUGAGAUCUGCUGUCCUAAAAAAGGUGAAACUGUUUAUGUGUCGGCGGCAUCAGGAGCAGUUGGCCAACUUGUUGGUCAGUUUGCAAAGUUGAUGGGCUGCUAUGUUGUAGGGAGUGCUGGAAGCCAAGAGAAGAUCGAUCUCCUAAAGAAUAAGCUUGGAUUUGAUGAUGCAUUUAACUAUAAGGAGGAGCAAGAUCUCACUGCAGCCUUGAAACGAUGUUUCCCCACUGGAAUAGAUAUCUACUUUGAAAAUGUUGGGGGUGCAAUGCUUGAUGCUGUGUUGCUGAACAUGAGAGAACACGGCCGAAUUGCUGUUUGUGGGAUGAUAUCACAAUACAAUAAAACCCAUAGGGAUCCUGUCCACAAUCUGUUUUGCUUAAUCUCAAAACGUAUCCUUAUGCAAGGGUUCCUUGAACCUGAUCAUAAGCACAAAUACCCGCAGUUUGAAGAGCAGGUCGUACAGUACAUCAGAGAAGGUAAGGUGACAUACGUUGAAGAUGUAGCUGAAGGCUUGGAGAAUGCUCCUUCGGCCCUCAUCGGCCUCUUUAGUGGUAAAAACAUCGGCAAACAAGUCGUGUUCAUUGCGCAUGAGUGAUAACUGUUCAUGAAAUUCCUGUUCAAGUCUUUGAAAACGUGUCAUAGAUAGUAGUGUUUGGUUGUAUGCAGUCAUAAAUGGAAUGGAUUUCAUAUUAAUCUUUGUAUUUGGCAAUGGAUUGUGUUGGAUUUU